AUGUUUAAUGUACAAAGGACAUGUGCUGAACAUGAAACUGCUAAGUAUCUCAUAGAGAAAGGUGCCAUUGCUGAUGCAGAAUAUAUGAAAGGAGUCACACCACUUCAUGUAGCAGUUCAGCAUUGUAAACAUAAAAUUGUUGAGUGUCUCACAGAGAAAGGUGUGAAUGCUACUGCAAAAGACUUGAAAGGAGUCACUCCACUUCAUAUAGCAGUUCAGCAUGCCAAACAUGAAACUGUUGAGUAUCUCAUAGAGAAAGGUACGAAUGUUAAUGCAGAAGACAAGAAUGGAGCAACACCACUUCAUGUAGCAACUGAGCAUGCCAAACAUGAAACUGUUGAGUAUCUCAUAGAGAAAGGUGCCAGUGUUAAUGCAACAGAUAUGAUCAGAGUCACACCACUUCAUGUAGCAGUUCAGCAUGCCAAACAUGAAACUGUUGAGUAUCUCAUGGAGAAAGGUGCCAGUGUUAAUGCAAAAGACAAGAAUGGAGUCACAUCACUUCAUGUAGCAGUUCAGCAUGCCAAACAUGAAACUGUUGAGUAUCUCAUGGAGAAAGGUGCCAGUGUUAAUGCAGAAGAUAGGAAAGGAGUCACACCACUUCAUGUAGCAGUUCAGCAUGGAGGCAUGAAUGGAGUCACACCACUUCAUGUAGCCACUGAGCAUGCUAACAUGAAACUGUUCAGAAUCUCACAGAGAAUUAUGUGA